GCAGGUACUUCAGAGAUGGUCCACGAGUGGCUUUGUUUAAAGAAAAAAUAUCUGGACAGUUUCUCUGCAGUUUCCUCAACGCCCUAUCGCUCAGUUUGAUUGAAAUAGACCUCAGUCUAUAGAGGAAUAGAGAAUAUAGAGAAAUAGAUGUUUUUCAUACAAAGGUUUGUCUGACACGCGUCUAAGUCCAAAAUGCAGCGAAUAUGGACGGACUGUGAAAGUGUCGAGGAAAACUUUGCAAAGGCGACCUCGUAAUAAGUCGCCUUACGGAUAAGAUUUAAAGACAGAGCCAGAGAGAAACAUUUCAUGUUGUGACUGACUCCCUCGAGGGAGACGCGUAGUCAGGCGUGAACUCCUUCACUUCCCCAUUCUGCCCACUCGCUUCAGUCCUUCCGCAAAGCAGGUGUUUCAAACAACGCUUUGUUUCAGAUGCAGAGGCUUCUAACUGGUGUGCGUUUGUGCAUUUACACUUUCCCAUUUAAGUGAUGUCCAACAUUCAAGUCAGUUAGGUUUAGAUUUGCUAGGCUCGAGUUUAGAGAACACCAUGAAGUUUAACGGGUAUCUGAAGUUGCGCAUCGGCGAAGCGGUGGACCUGAAGCCCACGACCACCUCUAUGCGACAUGCCGUGAUGUUCAGCAAGGCGAACCAGACCCUGGACCCGUACAUCGUAGUGAAAGUGGACGAGUAUAAGAUCGGACAGACGCACACCAAGCAGAAAACCAACAUGCCCACUUAUAACGAGGAGUUCUCCGUUAACGUCAACAACGGCAAGCAGGUAGAGCUGGCCAUUUUUCAUGACGCACCGAUCGGGUACGAUGACUUCGUGGCCAACUGCACCAUCCAGUUUGAUGAUCUGAUGAAGAGCACAAACAGUGAGGAGUCUUUUGAAGGAUGGAUUGAUCUUGAACCUGAGGGUAAGGUCUACAUCCUGGUUACUCUCACAGGCUCAUUUAUAGAUGAUGAUGCUGGAGGAAACACGCGUCCCUAUAAAGAAUUUACUCGUAAGCGGCAACAGGCUGUUCGAAGAAAAAUCCACCAAGUAAACGGGCACAAGUUCAUGUCGACCUUUCUAAAGCAACCAACAUUCUGCUUCCACUGCAAAGAUUUUAUAUGGGGUGUUUUUGGAAAACAGGGCUACCAAUGUCAAGUGUGCACCUGUGUGGUACAUAAGCGAUGUCAUCAGUUUGUGGUUACGGUCUGUCCACGCAUGAAGAAACCUGCCAAGGAACAGACUACGAAUCAAGGUUUCAGUAUAAACAUUCCCCAUAAGUUCAACAUCCACAAUUAUAAGGUUCCUACCUUCUGCGACCACUGUGGCUCUUUGCUGUGGGGCCUCGUACGGCAAGGAUUACACUGCAAAAUUUGUAAAAUGAAUGUCCAUAUCCGCUGUAAGGGAAAUGUUGCCCCAAACUGUGGAGUCAACAAUGUAGAACUGGCCAAUAAAUUGGCAGAAAUGGGCCUUCAGCCGAGAGGAAUGACCAAACGCAACUCGGUGGGUCUCGCAGGUAUGGACACUCAGUGCCGUACAUUGAGCGUGAGAGGAGAUCGAGGGCAAUCUAAAAAAGACCCAAAUCGAAAGCUGGGAAUCUCUAACUUCACACUCCUGCAGGUGUUGGGAAAAGGCAGCUUCGGCAAGGUGAUGUUGGUCCGGUUGAAUGGUUCGGAUCAGGUGUUUGCAGUGAAGGUGUUAAAGAAAGACAUCAUACUGCAGGAUGAUGAUGUGGAGUGCACGAUGACAGAAAAACGAGUGUUAUCCCUCGCUUCCACUCAUCCUUACCUCACUCAGCUUUACUGUUGCUUCCAGACACCGUUUCUGACAAAGAAUCCAUCCCGUCGUCUGGGUUGUGUGGCAGCAGAGGGUGGAGAGACCGCUGUAACCAGUCACCCAUUUUUUACUGGCAUUGACUGGGACAAACUUAACCAGCGAGAGCUUGAACCGCCUUUCAAGCCCAGAAUUAAAACUGCAGAAGAUGUGAAUAACUUUGAUCCAGACUUCACCCAAGAGGAUCCUACUCUUACGCCCAUCGAUGACGCCAUCAUCCCAUCCAUCAAUCAGGAUGAGUUCCAUAACUUCUCCUUUACCUCCCCUGAACUGUUGAAAGUGGUUUCAGAUUUGCAAAGCAGAGCGGAAGAAACAUGUGAGGCCAUGAAGGAACAGAAUGCGGGAGGAUUACGUGAUGUGGUAGAACCAAAUGAAUUGUGACAAUGGAAACUUUCAGGAGCAGUCUAAAGAAACAUUUGAAUAUAUUGAAACUGGUUGUGCAUUUCGAUGGCCUAGCUUUUUGGUCUGUGCCUAAGCUAUAAGAUUCUUCUGGCCUAUGCUUAUGCUUUAGAACAAUAGUGUAAUUGUUUUUGUGUCAGACACAUCAUGAGUGAAAUGCAAAGAUCUCCAUGAGACUCCAUCGUGGAAGACAGCAGUUUACUCAAAUUUGAUCAAUAGAUGAACUUGUCUGUUCCAUAUCUACUGUAGCUGAUUUAACAGUGUUCAUAUCCAGAUGUUUAGGAAACUUGAUUUGAUCCUCUGCACUUGCUGUGUCUAACACAGCCAAACGUCAUGCAGAAACAUCACUAAUUCUGUCAGAAUCAUUCUGCUGUCAAGGAACCAGGAAAAUCAGACUAAUGAGAAUGUUUUUUAAAUGGAGACGCUAGUUUUGUACAAUAUUUUAAGACAUUUCUGCGUACAUCUGUGCCGUUUGUUUAUUACAUUUCAGGUCGGAAUUUCAACCAUGAUUAAACUCUGGCAUCUUUCGAUGAAUUUUAUUGUUGAUAAAGGUUGCAGUAUUGUGUUCUCUGCUUUUAGACCUUUUCUGUCUGUGACUUCGUCAAAAGCCGUCCCCCCUUUGUUGUUCUGAGGGGUUAAAGGAUAACACACCCAGGUGAGAUGUUGACCAGUUUCAAUUCUUUAUAUUGAGGCCAGUGAUUCUUCUUCCUCAUCCUCAUCAUUCUUUAAUGGUGUUUAUUUGGAUCUUCGCAGUCUGAGCAGUAUGAUGUAUCUGUUGGUGUAUGUUUUUGUGCCUGUGCGUAUUUGGCACUGAUUUCCCAUUAUUCAUUUUGUGUCUGUAGGAGUAUGCAAGUUAAGUUUGUAAUUACUAUCAAAUACAUACAGUUAUAGUAUUCCUUGCUGAAAAAAAAACACCUAAAGAUUUUCA